ACUGCAAACUAUCAGUUCUCUCACUGGUGGUGAUUUAUUGAUAUAUUUGCGGUUAAAGGGAUAUCUGAUUAUUUAGUAAGUUACUGGUAUUACGAAAGGAAAUUAUGUUUUUUUUUUUUUGUAGUGAUGAAGAGAAUUUAUUUACAGAUUAUCUGUAACCACAAGUGUUAAUAUUUUCCAGGAUGAAUGAAAAGGGAAACUAUGCGAAUUGUGAAAUUAGAACCAUGACAUCGAAAAUGUAAUGAAACUACGAAAGCUUUGAGUAAUAAAAAUGGAAAGAUUCAGCGAGGGGACCUACAUAUUGACUGUUAUUAGUGUAUGAAAAAAUAUAUAUAUUUCGAAUUUAAUUACAAUGGAAAUAUCGUGAACAAUACACAAAAGUAAAUUUCGGAAGUCGUGAAAAAACUUUUACAAAUGUGUGAAUAAUUUAUUUUAUGCUGAUCAGGUUUCAGAAAAAUCGAUACAUGGUGAACAAUAAUUAAGAAAUUGGAAAGUGUAUGAUGGAAAAAAUGUAAGACUUUCAUCCUCAUACUAUGAAAUUGCUGAAUGGAACAACGUUUGAAUUAGUGUUUGAAGAUAAGGACAGUAAGUCACGCGGUUUGAUUUGGUAAAGUGCAAGGCGCUGAUAAAAUGAACAAGAAAACACCUAACACGUGGAUGAAUGUAUGAAUGGAUAAAAUAUCAAGUAAACAAUCAGUUUAAGCAGACUGAAUCAACACCAAUAAAGAAUCAAGAUCUAUCAACAGUAAAAACAAAAUCCCCAGCUCGAUCCUCCAUAGACUCCUUGAUGAUAUAUUUCCCGAUUAUUACAACACCAAAAUCAUAUUUCCUGGUUAAUAUAACGCCAAUAUCCCUUUAGAUAAUGGACCCAAGGAUAUCCUGUCACCUGCUGGCAAUCGUCGUCUUCCUUUAUAGCAGCGUUCUGGUCACAUCCAGAGGAAAUGGGUGGAAGGACGAGACCGACUGGGGCCAAAUCUACGAAAAAGGGUCGCACCCGAGAAAGGGACCCCAUCUCCUGCCAGGGCUGCCAACCAACGUCACUGUCCUGGAAGGGAGGUCGGCCACCCUGCCCUGCAGCGUUGCCAACCUCAAGGGCAGAUCUGUGUCGUGGAUCAGAAAAGAGGACUUAAAAAUAUUGGCAACAGAUGGCGUUGCCUUCACUUCAGAUCAACGUAUGAAGGCGCAUGCGUGGCGCACGGGCGUCGUGUGGGAGCUGGAUCUGCAAAUUGCGCCCACGACUAUCGGGGACGCGGGCGUGUACGAGUGCCAGGUCAACACUAGGCCUAAAAUCUCCCAUCUGAUCACCUUGCGUGUCUAUGAUGGAAGAGCGAAGAUUGUGGGUCCUUCCGAAAUCUUCCUGGAGGCCGGGUCACCUCUUGUGUUGAACUGCAGGGUUGAUUUGCCACAGAGUCCACGUCCUGAGCCCCCUCCUACAAUUCGUUGGUUCCAGGGGGUCCUCCCCCUCAACCCAGACGAUGACAGCGGGGAGACUUCCUACAUCCAGACGGCGCAGGAGGGGAGUUCCACCGUCAGCGUCCUCAGCCUGUCCCAGGUGUCUUCCAGGGACGCCGGCAACUUCACCUGCGUGUCUGGGACCAGUCCAGAAGGCGCGACUGUGACUGUGUACGUCUUACAAGAAAAGGAACCUCGCGCUAUGCACCACGACUCGAGUUCUUCCAUCGAGGGAAACUCGCCCCUGACUGCUGCUGCAGUCGUUCUGAUGAUGGUCGUCGCUGCAAUUGAAAGAUGAUGACCAGUUAAAGGAGGAGGAGGUAUCAUAUCAAGUGGUUCCUUGACAAAAAUCAGCUGUCCCGUAAAAUUCUCCGAAAUUGUCAUUUUUGUCAGGUAGCGGACCCGGUCUCGUUUUGCAAGUGACUACAAGUUUUUGUGUCGUGUUUUCACGAACAGAGUUUGUUGUUAUAAUUCAUCAUCUUUUUUUUUUACUGUAGUUGAUAACGUGGUAUGAUUUUCUUUCUUUUUAUCU